AUGUGCCCCCUGGAAAGGGGCUCCCCUACAGCCGCCUGCUCUUCUCAUAGCAGAACCACCACGGUCCGGUUGCAGCCUAUCCGCGCCACGGUGCCGUACCAGCUUUUGCGUGGAAAUCAGCACAGCCCAACCCGCUCUGCUUCCUCCUCCGCCUCCUCCUCUGUAACCGGGAGCAAAACAGGACAGACGUCGUCCCGUUCCUCCGGUCCUGUCAGCACGGACGGCAGGCUGGUCCACAGACUUGCAUCGUCGCCUGACAGUAGAAGCUCCCCAGAACGCUCUCCGCACUCGCCUAUUUCAAAAGUUGAAAGGACAGAGUCACAGCAUCUGCAGAGUUUGGGGUCUAUCCUGCGGACUUCAUCCCUGGACACUUUCACUGGGCCCUAUCUCAGUGGGCAGUGACCCCAUGUGCAGUACCCGUCCUUUAUGAAAGAUAAAUCCACACAGACUCCUGAAUGUUGGAGUGACGAAACGGGAGUGAAGAGGAGCACCCACCAGCGCUCUGCGUCCUGGGGCAACGCCGACCAGCUCAAAGAGCAGAUUGCGAAGCCUCAGCAGCGCCUCCAGCACAGUAAACGAGGACGCCACAGUAAAGACAAGGACCGACUGCUCCCCCUCCCCUACAGCACUGUCACCUACAGCACCCUCACCAGCCCUACCAGCCACGUUCAGAAAUUUUCCAUGUCGAAGUCGGCCCAGAUGCCGCUGUCCAACAUCACGGUGCCAAAACCCUCUAUCUCCAGGGUGCCCAGCAGCAUGGAGGGCAUCAACCAUGAGCUGGAGAAGGUCUUCAUCAAAGACAACGGAGAGAAGGAGGAGCUUAAGUCUCUGGAGGUUCCUGACGGGCGGCGGGCACCCUUUCCUCCACAACAGCGCAGCAGCAGCACCCGCAGCGUUGACACCCAGACUCCCUCAGCCCCCGGGCGGUCCAGCAGCUGCUCGAGCCUGUCGCCCUGCCCAUCGCCAGCCUGCCCACCAGGAUCACAUGAUGGCAGCCCCUACUCCACAGAGGAGCUACUGUACGACCGGGAUAAAGACAGUGGAAGCAGCUCACCGCUGCCCAAGUUCGCCUCCUCGCCCAAACCCAACAACAGCUACAUGUUCAAGCGCGAGCCACCAGAGGGCUGUGAGAAGAUUAAAGCUUUUGAGGAGAUGAGCUCCAGGCAGUCCACAUCGGCAUCAGCCCCCCUCUUCUCCUGCCCUGACAAAAACAAGGUCAACUUCAUCCCAACGGGUUCAGCUUUUUGUCCUGUCAAACUCCCUGGCUCCCUGCAUCUCACCCCGGCUUCAGGACCUGAAGGUGAUGAGGACAACGCUGAGGCAGGUCCCGGGUCAGAGCCCCAGGGUGCCUCAUCAUUCUACGGUGCCCGCACUCAGGUCUCCACGAGCACCAGCACAGAUGACCCUCCGGAAGAACCCGGAUCGCCCUCAGAGACUGCAGACCCCGAGACAGACAGCCUGGCCAUCAGCUAGACCUGAGCAGAGCUGGACUCUAGCUCCAGGAUCCACGCUAGCACCCACCGCCCAUUGCCACUAACUGUCCCACCAACUCCUCCCUCUGCUCUGCCAGAGGAGUCUGUCUCUCUGUGCUGACCCCCUCCACCCCCUUUGUAUCUCUGCAUGACAUAGCCACAAUGUCCCAGUUAACCACCACUGCAGACCUGCCACGUUAAUAUUCUGUCCUGCAUAAUGCCUGAGCUGUUAGCAGGGAAGGACCUGAUGGUUAAAGGUUAGCAUAUGCAGGCAUUGGAGGAAGAAUGGAGCACUAUGGAUGGGGUGAGGGGUAUGCAUUUUAAACUGGUAGUAUAUUUCUGAUUAAAUUAUGUGUCGUGUUCCGUUUCAACAAUCACAGUAUGAAUAAGCUCUCU